ACAUUUCAUGGGUUCUUUUUUUAAGUCGGGUAGUUCAUAACUGCAUAUUAACACGAAUUUAAAAUAUUGCACGCUUGCAAAACGUUUAAUUUACAUACUUCAAUGCUUUUCUUGUACUAAGGCUUGCGCUUUACGUUUCCUUGACGGUAACGUGAGGUAGGCGGACGUUUGCGUCGGAAUGUACCAUUUUGCCAACACACCGGGAAGGAUUUUGUUGUGACAGCGGAGUUACAACCCGGCGGGGGAGACGGUAAUAACAUAGGGUUUUUUUCCAGCUUGGAUCAAUUAUGGCCUUCAGCAAGGGAUAUCGUAUUUACCACAAGCUGGACCCACCACCUUACAGUGUCAUAGUGGAAACUAGGGCCAGGGAGGAAUGCCUCAUGUUUGAAUCAGCAGCUGUUGCUGUUCUGUCGGCAGCAGAGAAGGAUGCUAUUAAAAACACAUAUACCAAGAUAGUAGAUGCCUAUGGAAUUCUGGGUGUUCUUCGCCUAAACCUUGGUGACUCCAUGCUCCACAGUCUUGUGGUUGUGACAGGCUGCAGCUCCGUGGGAAAGGUGCAGGAUUCAGAAGUUUUCAGGGUCACGCAGACAGACUUUAUAUCACUGAAGAAUGAUCCAGGAGAUGAGGAACGAAUUGCUGAGGUGCGAAAGGUCCUAAACUCAGGACAUUUCUACUUUGCCUGGUCUUCCACUGGAGUCAGCAUGGACUUGAGUCUUAAUGCACAUCGCAGAAUCAUAGAAGACACUACAGAUAACCGCUUCUUUUGGAAUCAAUCUCUGCAUCUGCACCUAAAACAUUACGGUGUAAACUGUGACGACUGGCUGCUGAGGCUGAUGUGUGGGGGUGUGGAGAUCAGGACCAUCUAUGCAGGGCACAAACAAGCCAAGGCAUGCAUCUUCUCACGCUUAAGCUCAGAGCGUGCCGGCACGCGGUUCAAUGUCCGAGGAACAAAUGAUGAUGGACAAGUGGCCAACUUUGUGGAAACGGAGCAGGUUAUUUUCCUGGAUGACAAAGUCUCAUCCUUCAUACAGAUCCGUGGGUCCAUUCCUCUUUUCUGGGAACAGCCGGGAAUCCAGGUUGGUUCUCAUCGUGUCAAACUCUCAAGGGGAUUUGAGGCAAAUGCGCCGGCAUUUGAAAGACACUUUACUGCACUGAGGCGGUUGUAUGGUAAGCAGGUGAUAAUCAACCUGCUUGGAAGUAAAGAAGGGGAACACAUGCUCAGCAAAGCAUUUCAGAGUCACCUGAAAGCAUCAGAACAUGCUUCAGCAGUGAAAAUGGUGAACUUUGACUACCAUCAGAAUGUGAAAGGUGGAAAGGCAGACAAACUUCACAGUGUCCUCAAGCCCCAGCUCAACAAAUUCGUAGAAGAGUGUGGUUUCUUCUACUAUUCUGGAGAAACUGGGAUAUUAAGGACUCAGGGAGGGACUAUGAGGACCAACUGCCUGGAUUGUUUGGAUAGAACCAACAGUGUCCAAGCUUUUUUUGCUCUCGAGAUGCUGCCUAAGCAGUUGGAACAAAUGGGUUUGACAGAGAAACCACAGCUGGUGGCCAGGUUUCAAGAGGUUUUUAGGACCAUGUGGUCCGCUAAUGGUGACUCCGUCAGUAAGAUCUAUGCAGGCACCGGGGCCCUGGAUGGCAAGGCCAAGGCGGGGAAGCUGAAAGAUGGAGCUCGUUCUGUGACUCGGACCAUCCAGAACAACUUCUUUGACAGUUCAAAGCAGGAGGCUAUAGACAUCCUGAGGCUAGGCUCCACACUCAACAGUGAUUUGGCAGACAAAGCUCGGGCUUUGCUCACCACUUCCAGUCUUUAUGUCACUGAGCCUGUCUUACAAUCAGCAUCUCCAAGAGUAUUGUUGGGAAUGUGUCAGAACUACCAUAAAUACACAAGGCCCAAGCAGAUUCGUGUUUGCAUCGGUACCUGGAAUGUCAAUGGGGGUAAACAGUUUCGAAGCAUUGCUUUUCGCAACCAGACACUCAACGACUGGCUGCUGGAUGCUCCAAAGAAUGCAGGACAUCCUGAGUUCCAGGACAGCAGAACAAACCCCAUAGAUAUCUUUGCCAUCGGUUUUGAGGAAAUGGUUGAACUGAAUGCGGGAAACAUUGUCAGUGCCAGUACUACUAACCAGAAGCUGUGGGCUGCUGAGCUCCAAAAAAAUAUCUCACGGGACCACAAGUAUGUGCUGCUUGCCUCAGAGCAGCUGGUGGGAGUGUGUCUUUUUGUUUUCAUCCGCCCACAACAUGCACCAUUUAUCAGGGAUGUAGCUGUUGAUACUGUAAAAACUGGAAUGGGUGGCGCCACAGGUAAUAAAGGAGGUGUGGCAAUCCGCCUGUUGUUCCAUACCACCAGCAUCUGCUUCGUCUGCUCCCACUUUGCUGCCGGCCAAUCACAGGUCAAAGAGAGGAAUGACGACUACAAUGAGAUUACACGCAGACUCAGCUUCCCCAUGGGCCGUCUGCUGUAUUCACAUGAUUAUGUGUUCUGGUGUGGAGACUUUAACUAUCGUAUAAGUCUGCCUAAUGAGGAAGUAAAAGAUCUCAUCAAGCAGCAGAACUGGGAUGCCUUGACAGCAGGGGACCAGUUGUUGGACCAGAAGAAUGCUGCCGAGGAGAUGAAUAUAGUAGGAGCAGCUUCUUCAUCUAGAGAUAGUGAUGAUGAUGUAGAACAAACCUGGAGCCCUGGCACUUUAAAGUACUACGGAAGGGCUGAGCUGAAGACCUCAGACCACAGGCCUGUGGUGGCAGUGAUAGAUGUGGACAUCCUAGAAGUGGACCCAGAGGCUCGGCAUCAGGUCUACAAGGAUGUCAUUGCCCGGCAGGGUCCUCCAGAUGGCACCAUUCUGGUGUCACUCUGCUCCUCCGGGCCUGACGACUACUUUGAUGAUGCACUCAUAGACGAGCUGCUGGAAAAGUUUGCUAAUUUUGGAGAAGUUAUCCUCAUUAGGUUCGUUGAGGAGAAGAUGUGGGUGACUUUCUUGGAAGGGUACUCUGCUCUAGCUGCUCUGUCUCUCAGUGCUUCCACUGUCCUUGGCAAGGUGAUCGAUAUCCGUCUGAAGAGUCCAGGCUGGAUCAAGAGUCUGGAGGAAGAGAUGAGUGUGGAGAGGAUCUGUGGAAGCAUUCCCACAUCUGCCAGCUCCACCCUGCUUGCUGAAGAUACAGACGUGGGUGAUGAUGAUUACGACAUGGAAGGUGAUGUGGACGAGGAGGUUGAGGAGAUCCUUCCUCAGCACCUGCAGCCUGGAGCAGGGACUGGCCCUGGAUCUUCCCCUCUCCCUUCGCCCAGGAGUAGCCCCUGUCCCUCCCCCACCCAUGGAGAACCUGCUGCACCCAGCAGACCUAGCCGUGGAGCACAGCCCUCCCGACCAUCACAAGGGCCUCCUGUUGACUUCCAGCCUGGUGCCCCCACAGCUCAAGGCCUGGAGCCCAAACGUCCACCUCCUCCUCGCCCCAACGCCCCCCCUGCCAGACCAGCACCUCCACAACGCCCACCACCACCUUCAGGUCGAGGGCAGACAGCAGCAGGAGCACCUGGACCAGGAGGUGCUUCCAGACCAAAUAUCCCUCCUCGAGCUGGGGUAAUCAGUGUGACACCUCAGUCUCGCCCACCACCUCCAUCUCACCCUGGAGCACCAAGGCCCAUUCCAGAGGUGCAUCCCGGGGCCCCUCGCCCUAUUUCAGAUACCCACCCUGGAGCCCCACGACCUGUGCCCAGUGCCCAGACCAAACCAGCUGACCUGCCUCUGGGUCCUCAACCCUCAGGAGCACCUCCUGCAGCUCCACCUGCAGUGAAGCCCCAGGUUUCAUCACCCAUGCAGCCUCCCAUGCAGCCUCAGCCAGCUGCCCCUCCAGCUCAGUCUCAGCUUCCACCUCCAAUGCAGCCCACACUUCCAGCUCCUCUCCAGCCACAGCCAGCGCCAGCCCCUAAAGCAGCAGGUCCAUCUGCUGCACCUGCUGCUGCCGCCCCCGCCGGGCCUCAGCCGAGUUUAGCCUCUCCUAAACCCCCACCACGUUCCCGCUCCUCUCAUGCUCUGCCGCCUGACGCUGCCAAGUCUGAGACUGCCCCAGCUGCACAGACAAACGGACUGAAUGGGAUUCAAGGAGAAGCACAAUGGAAGCCCGACCCCUUUGACACACUUGCAUCUGAUUUAUUGUCCUCCUCAUCCUCUUGGCACACCACCCAAUCACUGACCAGAGGAUCCUCCCGGCGUACGCCAGCUGUCUUUUCCUCCACCACUCUCCCAUCAUCCUUCUCCCACCAGUCCUCCACUCUAGCAGAUUUGCAAGCCUUUGAUUCAUCCUCUUCUUCUUCACUCUCCACCCCGUCACCAUUUGCCUCGACGCUGCUCCCUCCUCCUCCGUUCCCGUCUCGCAGUCGCUCUCAGGAGACGCUACGCGCCUCCCCCAACCCUUUCUCAGCUGACCCACUUCCUGCCCGACCCAGCAGCACCAACCCCUUCACUGGCCCGCUGGUGCAGCAGCAGCAUCGCCCGCUCACACCUGACUUCACUUUUCAGCUUUCGCCUCCAACAGCAAACCCUCAGAGAACUGUGUCUCUUACUCCACCACUGAUACCCACCCCAGCUCAAACAGGAGCUCCUGCAGCUGUACCCACCACCCAACUCCAAAAGACCAUGUCUCUGUUUGGACCAUCAUCCAGUCUUAAUCCUGCCCCUGCUUCUUUACUCCCUCUUACCCUUAACCCAUCUCCUCCUCCCACUUUACCCAUGGUGGCACCCUCAUCUCUUCCACCUGCCGUCGCGCCUCGACACCAGCCACCUGGCCCAGUAGCAAAGCAAGCUAAGCAAUGGGUCACUUUCGAUGAUGAUUUUCAACCUCCCAGCAAAACUUCACAAAACCCAGUCUUUCCUCCCAGUUCCCUCGUGCCCCAAACUCAGAUGCAGCCUUCCAGCUCUGUGUUUAAUUUAGAACCAGAGUGGUUAUCUUCCAUGCCUGCAGCAAUCCCGACCCUCUCUCCUCCCAUCCCAAAUAGAACUGCAACCAGUAACCCAAAGCUCCCAGAGGGACCCAGUGACAACGGCUUAUUCCCCAGGGAUUUAAUGGAAAGAUAG